GUGUCGAGCUUGCCACUGGUCUCCCCAUAAACCCCGUGAUCUCCAAAACAACAUAACAAAGUGGGAGAAACAUGGCGAGCGGAGAGGAGGCCAGAAGACGCCCCUCGGUUACCUCCUCUUCGGUCGGCCUGGAGGCUCUCUUCCCCGCCGGGACCUCGGAGCAGGCCGGCGCGGACGGAAACCCGGAGCUCGUCCUCCUGCGGGAGCGUCUCCAGGCUUGGCUAUCGCCGUAUGAACCCCUGCUGCUGUGGGUGCAGAGGCUGCUGGUGUGGGAGAGGCCGCUGUACAGCAUCUCUGUUGCCCUGACACUCAACACAUUAUUCUGGCUCCUGUCCUCCACCUCCCUGCGGCCUCUGUUCCUGCUGAGUGUGUCCCUGCUGGGGCUCAUGCUCCUGGAGAGAUGGAAGCCCAAGUUGCCCAUCAUUACCAUUCAACAUGCUGAGGCCCACACUGUACAAAGUGAAACGAUGAGCACAGAGCAGCGUCUGCUCAGCGUUCCUGAGCUCAGCCACCACCUGGCAGAGAGCUACCUGACCUGCUGCCUGUAUCUGCAGGAGAUGCUGCAGUACAAGCGGCAAAACCACGGCAAGUUCUGUGUGAUGAUGUGCAGCGGCUGUUUUGUGCUUGCUGUGGUUGGACAUUAUGUACCGGGAAUCAUGAUCUCCUAUAUAAUAGUCCUGAGCGUCCUGCUGUGGCCGCUGGUCGUGUACCACGAGCUGAUCCAGAGGAUGUACACCGGCCUGGAGCCAAUCCUGAUGAAACUGGAUUACAGCAUGAAGGGAGAUACUGAGCACCGCAAGCACGACAAGAGGAAGGUGAAGAAGGAGAUGGAAGAAGGCGAUGAGCCAAGAGCUGAAACAGAAAGUGAGAGUGAGGAGGAGCUGUCCUGCUUUGCUCCGACGGUGGACGUGAAGACGACUGCUCUGGCGAUGGCCAUCACAGACUCGGAGCUGUCGGAUGAAGAAGCUUCCAUCUUGGAGAGCGGAGGGUUCUCGGUGUCCAGAGCCACCACUCCUCAGCUGACCGAUGUCUCUGAAGACUUGGACCAGCAGAGUUUACACAGCGACCCAGAGGAGGCCUACCUGCGGGAUCUUCCUGAGUUCCCCUCAGCCGAGGAGUUUCCCUUCAUUGAGCACAACCUGCUUCACUUUCCUCUGCGAGGUCCGGGCCAGGGAGACAGAGCCCAGGCCGGUGCUCAAGCAGAGGGGGAACCGCUGAGCCCCGCCAGCCUCCUCAUCCAGCACCUAGCGUCCCCUCUGCACUUUGUGAACACACAUUUCAACGGACACGGACGACCGCCUGGGGGUGAGGAGGGAUUGCUGGCUGUUCCGGGUGCAGGAGAGGGAGCAGCGGGGAGGCAGGAGGGGGAGGAGAAGGAGGCGGCGGUCACCCAGGGUGCACAGCGUUCGUUGGAGGCCUUGAGCGAGGAGAUCGUGAGCACGGCCAUCUCCACCGUGGUGCAGAACACUCUGUCGGCGCUGCUGCACUCCAGUGAGGCCGGCGACGAGCCCUCCCUGGAUGAGUUCCUUCCCACUGAAACUCCACCAGGCGCUCUGGAGACCUCCACCCCACCCACCGACACCACCGCUGACACUAGAGUUACUACGACGGGGGCGGCGGGUCCAGACGAGGACCUGGACGAGGCCAUCACGACAGAAAGCGGCGCCGGCGAGGAGUUCCCCGACGACACACUAGUUCCGACCGAGGACGAGGACUUUGAGCUUUUGGACCAAAGUGAACUGGAGCAGGCGGACGAGGCGCUGGAGCUCAGCUCUGACAGACCGCUGGCGGGAGGAGCUCCUGACACGCUUCCAUCUCCUCAACAUCAACCACAGUCAUAGCUUUCCUGUCCGCCCCCACCGUCAACUGUGUUUGUCUUUUAUUUGUACAUUAGAACUACAUUAUAAACAUACAUACAGCUAUUUACAACGCAUUUAUCAGAGAGUUUAUACUGCUGGUUGGUGAUUGUGUGGCAGAUGGUCGAGACACGUGGUAGGUUCUCCUUUCAUAGCUUCGCUUUACGAGGGUCUGCGCAGCCUCGGUACCCGAGUUCUAGACCAAGAUCAUCACACAAACUCUAAAAGAAAUCAUCAGUGUGCAUUUACAGUAGACGUGUUUGGCUUGAUGGUGUCAGAGCAGAGGUUGGAUUGACAGUCCCUUACUGUUUUCACCUGUUUAGUCUCUUCUGAAGCCUUUAUUUUGUACCUUGGCUGACGGCUGAACCUUCAGAAGCAGAUGUUUAUGUAGAUGGUAUUAUGGAGAGUGGAAAUGUUGGAUUACAUGACUAAUAAUAUAUGCGAUAAAUUAUUUAAUUUAAUGAUCAGUUGAUUAUUAUUAUUAUUAUUGUUAAGCUGAGGGAGAGUUUGAAAGUGCGUUUUAUCCCUUCCAUAAUGAUUGUAUGUACGUGUUUUAACGACGGACGUCCAAGUUCAAAUCGUAGUUGCGUGUUCCCAGGUAGUGAAUCGAUGUUAACCCCCGUCUUUACCUUUUGAAAGAAGCAUUCAGUCAUUGGUGGUUUUUCACUUGUUGCCUGAAAACGGAAUCUUUGACAUUAUUGGAUGUUGACAGCUCGUUGGUCUUUACCCAUACACAUAAGUGACUUUCAUGUGGCAAGAUAAAAGAAACGUUCCUGGAUUUCCUCUCGUUUUUACUGAGAAUAGAUCGCACAUUCUCUGUCCGUUUGAGUUUGUCAUUGAUCCGACAGAUUUAAAACCGUCAUCACCGGGGAAUAUAUAUUUACCAAAUAACCUCCUCCGUGCAACGACAAGUUCAUGCAUGCCGUGCAUCACGCAUGUGUCAAUAUUCGAGGUCAGUUUGUUUGUUUUUGAAGGGGCGUAAAGCUUUCAUUACACAUCACGUGUCUGAAAAUAAUUGGCAAACAUUUCCAGUUGAAUGAAGAGGACGAUUUUUGCUUUUGUAAACCACUCAGCAUCCAAAUCUCAGGGGUGGGUUGUACAAAGUGAAUAUAAAACUGCAGAAUACGUGUCCAUUUCCCCACUUGUCGUAGUGCACUGUGUUUGUACUAACCUUUCCUUUUUUUUUUUCCUCCGGUCUCCUUGUGUAUAGUGUAGAAAUGCAAAAAAAAGAAAAAGGAAAGUGUAUAUUCUGCAUGUAAAAACAGCACUCUCUUCAAGUUCUCCUUGUCAACUGACAAAGUACUGCACAAUUUGUGAGGAAAAAAACAUCAGUUCGAAUGUUUCAGGUUAAAAAAAAAAAGCCUGUUCAAUUCAGUUUAUUUCAUUACAAUGAGGGGAAUAAAAGUGUUGAUGUGUCCUUACUUUUAUUUUGAAAAGACUACCCAACUGUACAUGGAAAUGGGUGGCAAGCGAUAACAUCAGAUUUAGAGAUUAACAGACUAGUUUGUGUAUGGUAGCUGUGUGUUUUAUGCUUAAAAUAUUUGCUUCUUGACCUAUAUGUGUGUGUAUAUACAUACACAUAUAUAAAAAUAUAUAAAAGACACUUAUCGAACUGUACAAUUUUAAAAAAAAGGAAUAUAUUUUCUAAUUUCUCCUUUUUCCAUAAAGUACUCAGUUUGAUCUUUUACGUCUAAAAAUGUAACCGCUACGGACAAGAUUCAGAACGUGGGAAGGUUUGCUGUCAUUAAACUGGUAAAAUAAAUCUGCAACCUCACAUGUGAAAGUAAGAGAAUAAAAGAACAAACUGAAACAAACGAAA